ACAGAGGACAUACUAACACAGCCGACUCCCUCGAGGCAUGUGAGCACUUUUCUAUCUUUUCAUCCCAGCUUUACUCUGUACCAUUACCGUCGCAUCACAUUAUACGUGUAUUCCCAAGAUGCGACCUCUCUUAUCCGCAGUGCUUGCUCUGGGCGCAAGUGCUGUCCUUGCAGUCCCUGUCAUUGACGAAGCCUCAGAGCCCAAGCUGCUUCGUGCCCGUAACAUUGUCACCGAGAUUCAAGACGAAUACGACUUUGUCAUCGUUGGAGGUGGCCUCGCAGGUCUCGUGCUUGGUGGACGGCUAUCAGAAGACUCGAAUCAUACCGUACUCGUUCUAGAAGCAGGUAGUAACGGAGAUGAGUUUCGAGAUCGGAUAAAUACCCCAGCAGAUGCCUACUUUGAGUCCUUAUGGCCAACUCCUCUCAACUGGGCAUACAACACCACGCCUCAGGUUGGCAUGAACAAUUCACAGAUGAACUGGCCCCGUGGCAAGACACUUGGAGGCAGCUCAGCCAUCAAUGGAAUGUACAUGAACCGACCAGGCGAGAUCGAAGUGGACGCCUGGAAAAACAUGCUCGGUGACAUGGACGGUGCCGACAACUGGUCCUGGGAUUCCCUCUUCGCUGCCAUGAAGAAGAGUGAGACCUUUUCUCCACCCACCCAGGAGAUCGCUCAGGAAGCCGCCAUCACCUAUGAUACCUCAAGCCACGGCAGCAAGGGGCCUAUUCACAUGUCGUACCCCGGCUACACGUUUCCCAUCGUAGGCGCCUGGUCCAACGCUAUGCAGAGUGUCGGCAUCCCCAUCUCCCAUGAUACCUACGGCGGAGAGAAUUGGGGAGCCUAUGUUUCGACAUCUGCCAUCAAUCCUACCAACUGGACACGGUCUUACAGCCGUUCUGGCUAUCUCGACCCUCUGCCACCACGUACCAACUACGAUGUUCUUGCCGAUGCGUAUGUCACGCGCAUUCUCUUCAACUCUUCGUCCAAAGCUGGCAACCUCAGCGCGAACGCGGUCGAGUACUCCCCUGAUGGCGGCGCUAGCAAAUUGACAGUCAAAGUCAAGAAAGAGGUUAUUCUUGCCGGUGGUUCAGUUGGCAGCCCUGCAAUUCUGCUAUACAGCGGUGUCGGUCCCAAGGACGUCCUUGACGCUGCCGGUGUCGACGUCGUAUCGGAAUUGCCAGGUGUUGGUCACCAUCUGCAAGAUCAUUUGAGUGCCACAGUACAAUGGAGCACAGAUCAAGCUACGGCCGGUUCUCUUUAUGCUGACAACGGUUCCGAGAGCACCAAUGCUGCAUUCCUCUCCUAUGUCAACUCUGCUGUCGCGUACAUCAACGCCACCAAUAUCUUCGGAGCAGGUGCCGAGGAUUUGAAAAACACCAUCCUCAGCCAACUUGAUUCAGCCGCAGCUGCUGCCGGUACGGACGAGACCGUCGUAGCUGGAUACAAAGCCAUUUACGAGACCACGGUCAACAAGAUCUUCAGUAGCCCGAUUGGACAAAUUGAACUGCUCAUUGGAAACAAUCUCAACGGAACCAUCAAUAUCGGUGCCUCCCUUCAGCAUCCUUUCAGCCAUGGCCAGGUCUCCAUCAACUCAUCCAAUCCUAUGGACUACCCUGUCAUCAACCCUAACUACCUAACUCACCCUGCUGACAUCCAGAUCCUCCGAGAAGGUAUCAAGACCGCUCGCCGAUUGGGUGAAGCCCCGCCUCUAGCCGACAGCAUGACCAAGGAGGUAUGGCCAGGUUCAGAUGUUGAAUCUGAUGACGAAUGGGAUGAUUGGCUUCGUGAAGUGAGCUUCACAGAAUACCACCCAUCGUCUACUUGUGCCAUGAUGCCUUUGGAACAAGGUGGUGUGGUUGAUGCCAACCUCCGCGUCUACGGUCUAGCCAACGUCCGUGUGGCCGAUGCAAGCGUCCCGCCCAUCGCCUUUUCUGCUCAUCUCAUGAGUUCGACAUACGGCAUCGCCGAGCAGGCAAGCACCCUUAUUCGGAAUUACUACAACAUCGACUUGAUUUCCAAAUCGCACAACAGCACAAACUCAACAAAGCCUAGCAAGACAGGGUCGGACAAGUCAGCCGCCUCGAGCUCUAGCACCACCAGCACCGCGGCCAGUGCGUCAACCACCAACGGUAGCGAUGGUGGCUUCUCAGUCCAGCCUUGGACAUUUAUCUCCACCAUCUUGGCCUUUGUGGCCCUUGAAUAUUUCUUGUAAUUCACGACCUUACUUAGACUAGCGGCAUGACACCAGGCGUUCUUUUUUUCUUUUAAAAUUGGAACAGGACAUCACGGGUUUUCGACGACUUCAUGCAUACCUUGGCCCCUUGUGGAUAUUGGAAAGGGAAGGGUAUAGGGACACUUUUAAGGACAGACUCCUACAAAUAUUAUUUAAUCAUAAUCCCGAAACACCGCCGGCUCAUGUUCCAAACAUUCUUUCUUGAUGAUUUG